AACGUCGUGUGGUCUUGGUUACACGACGUCAGUUUUGUUUGCGGUGUCUUACCAGUAGGGCAAGGAUUCAAUUUCAGAAGAGUGUAACAUUUAAAAUGUACCAACAACACUGAAAAAUCUAUGCGUUAUGGUAGCUUAAAAGAGAAGAAAGAGUGAAUGAGCUAUGAUCUCGUCAAAGGACGACAUCGGUCUCACAAAACGGUCAUCAGCAGAAGAUCACGUGAUUAAAUCGCCACGUGACGUGUCUGUUGUUGAUCACAACCAUGCUACUGAUCUAGUAUGUGGACGUGAGUCUCCUGUGGUCAUUAGUACAAGAAUAAAAAAAUACAAUCUUCAGAACAACAAUGAGCCGUCAUUUAACGCCAAUUCAAGACUGAUGAAUUCUAGAGCGUACGCCCCUCUUCCGUUCACAAAGUUUAACGUACCACUCACGAAGACUGAAUAUAAAGCGAAACAUAAAGUAGAUGUUGCCACUCGAGACAGUGAAAGUUUUGUAGGUAUUGAAACUCAGUCUCUCGCGCAUUUCUUACUUAAUUCAACCUGGAUUUAUUCACCUGUACCCUACAACAGAUAUAGCAACUCGUAUUCUCCAGUUAACUGGCCCCGGGAGAGACCAGUACAAGCCAAUGGUCAAGAAGUGAAACCGAUGACCAAUCAAAAGGCAGAUGAUAUACUGAUGUUAGAAACUGAUGUCCCCGCAUCGAAAGUCAACAGUGUCAGGAAUUCUCCUGUUCCAGAUGUGAAGGUUUCUAAAGAAAUACAGGAACUUAGAAAGGUUCACGAAUUACACUUGAAGGAAAAAGAAGAAUUGGAAAAAGUGAUUAAAAAACGAGAGUAUGACAUAAACAGACAGUUGAGAGAGAUAGACAAGGCUAUGGGAUCUGUAUAUUUAGAACAUGCAGAGAUAGAAGAGGUAACGGGAGCAUUUGCUGAUGCAAUGAAAGCUUCCACUAUUUAUAAGGACGAAGCACCACAAGUCAGGGCUCAGCAUAUAGAGCAAGAGAUCAUUUCAGACAUUUUGUUUGACGAGAAUGCAAGGUCGAAAGAGGAGAUCCGUGCGCUGUAUGAUGAAAUAAAUGAAAUACAUGAAGGACAUGCUGUUGGGUUACAGGGGUUGAAGCAAGAUACACAAGAAAUAAAAUGUGUAGCGGAACUAUUAAACAAUAAGAAUGAAGAUCUGAGGACAUGCGUUGACGUAGAUAUCUUAAAACCUCUUAGUGUAGUAAUUACUGAGGAAAAGAAUGGAGAGGGCGUUGUCCCAGGAAGUGCAAAUAAAGACGGAAGAUCAUUAAUUGACCAUUUUAAAUCGAAAAUACCCGCUGGACAAUUAUCUGCAGUUGAGUUGGCAAGAGUGCUUAAUGUUCGUGAGAAAAAAUCAAGAAUCCCAAAACUACUUGUGCAAACUUAUGGGAGCACUUCCAAAAAUGAUGAAAGACUCAAAGCCUUAAAGCGCAGUUCCGUAAUCAUGUUUCACAGGAAAAAAUACACAAGUCAGAGUAAAAAGUACAAAAUAGAUACCGAUACAUUAGACGAUCAGAGACACGUAACAAAACCAUAUACAGAUUACUUGGACCCGAAUAUUGAACUCCGUAGACUGAAGGAAAGAUUUGGCUGGGUGGAUAAAGAACGAUUCAAUGAAAUAAAACGUUGCAGGGUUAACUUUGAAGAAAGUGAAGACUUGGAAGGAAAUACAAGUUGUUGGACAGAUGAAAAGCCUUAUGCAUGCUUCGAAAAGAAGCAUGAAACGACCCCUAAAUGCUGCAAGAAGAAAGAAAUAAGAUCGAAGACUGACACUGGAUUGAAGGACCGACCGUUCCAAGUCGUAACAAAUAAAUUAAAAAUGAUAGUACAUUCUAAUGCAAGAAUUGAUAAGUCUGCUUCUAAGAAAGAUGUAACGAAAAUACCUGUACCCAUUAAAUGCUGUAACAAAAGUGACUUAACAAACAAAAGAAAGCAACAGUACUACGUGAAGAAUACGAAAUCAGACAUCCCUUCAUCAAAGAAUGUGCCGACGACUCUGAGGAAUGCCAAUGGCGUGCCGAGGUCAUCAUCAGCGUUUGGAAAUAAAACUCCUCUCCCGAGCAUGAAACAAGCCAACCAAAAUAGAAAUAACAUUCCUUUACCGAGCAUAAAGGCAGCCAACCAGAGGAAGGACUUGAAUAAAGAAUCUGGAAAACAUGUGGCUACACGUCAUGUUUUACAACCGAUAAAACCAUCAAAAAUGAAACUCCUUUCCAAGCCAGGUAAAAAUAUAGAACCGGACGAUAAAUCCACACACAUAUCAAAGAAACAGGUACCAGAGGCCUCACUUUUACCUACUAAGCUACCUAACCAGAAAACCAGAUGUCAGAAUGUCAAAUUUUCAUAGUUCAAAGCAUGGUGAUAAAUUACGAGUGUUAUUUGAGAGGGCGUAAAUUUACAUACCUUUAUUGCAUCAAGAACUGUUUAUCCUGGUUAUCAUUAUUUUAGAUGUUAUAUAUUCUGAAUGUUUGUGUUAUGUGAAAAUCUGUUUGAAUAAGAUAUUUUAAAAUGAUCAUGAUCUUUUACAAGAAAGAAACCUCAUUUUUCUUAUUACUUAAUGUUUCUGUCUUGUCGCUUCUGUAUUGAAAUAUACAAAAUGUACAAGCUAA